AGUUAGAAAACACAUCCACAUGUAAGGGCACCAUGCCGGUGGAAAGGAUGCGGAUGCGCCCGUGGCUGGAGGAACAGAUCAACUCCAAUACGAUACCAGGGCUCAAGUGGCUUAACAAGGAAAAGAAGAUUUUCCAGAUCCCCUGGAUGCACGCAGCCAGACAUGGCUGGGACGUGGAGAAGGAUGCACCGCUCUUUAGAAACUGGGCAAUCCAUACAGGAAAGCAUCAACCAGGAGUAGAUAAACCCGAUCCAAAAACAUGGAAGGCGAAUUUUCGAUGUGCCAUGAACUCCCUGCCUGACAUUGAAGAGGUCAAGGACAAGAGCAUAAAGAAAGGAAACAACGCCUUCCGAGUGUACCGGAUGCUGCCCUUAUCCGAACGGCCUUCUAAGAAAGGAAAGAAACCAAAGACAGAAAAAGAAGACAGAGUGAAGCACAUCAAGCAAGAACCAGUUGAGUCAUCUUUGGGGCUUAGUAAUGGAGGAAGUGAUCUUUCUCCUGAGUAUGCGGUCCUGACUUCAGCUAUAAAAAAUGAAGUGGAUAGUACGGUGAACAUCAUAGAACCCCGGCUCCUUUACCCUCAGCAGAUCUCCCCAGUGUCCUCCUACGCAGAAAGCGAAACUACCGAUAGUGUGCCCAGUGACGAGGAGAGCUCAGAGGGGCGGCCACACUGGCGGAAGAGGAACAUUGAAGGCAAGCAGUACCUGAGCAACAUGGGGACGCGGAGCACCUACCUGCUGCCCAGCAUGGCAACCUUCGUCACCUCCAACAAGCCCGACCUCCAGGUCACCAUCAAAGAGGAGAGCUGUCCGGUGCCUUACAACAGCUCCUGGCCCCCUUUCCCAGACCUGCCCCUGGCCCCCUCCGUGACCCCCGCGCCCAGCAGCAGUCGGCCCGACCGGGAGACCCGGGCCAGCGUCAUCAAGAAGACGUCUGACAUCACCCAGGCCCGGGUCAAGAGCUGUUAAGCCUUUGGAUCCCCCCCGGUGGUUGUUGGGAUUUCUUGGCUUUGUCUUAUUGUUUGUUUGUAUUUUUUCUCUCUGACACCUAUUUUAGACAAAUCUUAAGGGAAAAACCUUGACAAUAGAACAGUGAUUUCUGUGUCCAACUCCAGUACUGGACCUUCUUUUUAAACUCAGGACUCCAGCCCAUUGGUAGACGCGAAUCCCUAGGCCUGCUGGAUCUUCCAGGGCUGCUCCCUCAAGUUCAAGGACGUCAUAGGACCAACACCCACACGGGCAGUGGGGUGCUGCAUUGCCUGCGGUCAAGGGCAGCAUGGUGGAGUGGAUGCCUCGGAACGGAUAUGAAAAUGUGAACUAGCUGGAAUUUUUUAUUCUUGUGAAUAUGUACAUAGGGCAGUACUAGCGACAUUGCAGUCUGCUUCUGCACCUUAUCUUAAAGCACUUACAGGUAGACCUUCUUGUGAUCUUGCUCUGUUCCACA